AUGACAGAAGAGAAUAAUUUAAAAGAUGAAACUAACAUAAGUGAUGAUGAAUCAAGAAAAGAUUCUUCGAAUACAAUAAAUACAGGAGAAAAUAGUAGCGAUGAAAAUCUUAAUGAAGAAGAAGAACUUGAUUUUUAUGAUUUUUUGGAAGCUGUUUCCGAUAAAAUUGAUAAUAUUACAACUCAAAUUGAAGAUCGACGUGAAGAUUCUCGACAACGUUUACGAAGAACUAUAGAUGACCUUGAAGCACAGAAACGUCUUCUUAAAACUCAAUUACAACAACGUAUUCAAGUAUGGUCUGAAAAUCUUAAAAAACCAAAUUUUAUUCGUACACGAGAUAAAAUAUCAUUUACAGUUGGAGUUGCAAAUGCUUGUUUUUCACCAUUGAUUGCUGGACGUUGGCCUCAUAUUUUACCACUUGUUUAUACAUAUCAAGCUUUAUUUCUUAUAACACUUCGAUUUCUUAUAUAUAAACGUAAAAGUUGGCAUUAUUUUGUAUAUGAUUUAUGUUAUUUUGUUAAUGUUUUAACAUUACUUUAUUUAUGGGUAUUUCCAUCAUCGAAAAUUCUUUUUACUGUGUGUUAUACAUUAAGUCAUGGCCCAUUAGCUUUUGCAAUAGUUCUUUGGAGAAAUUCACUUGUUUUUCACAGUCUUGACAAAGUUACCAGUUUGUUUAUUCAUAUGUAUCCACCAUUAACAUUAUUUACUCUUCGAUGGCUUUUGCCAAUUGAACUUCAACGUGAACGUUAUCCAGCUAUUGUUCAUAUUGGUUCAUCACUUCAUACAAAAACCGCUAUUUUUUAUACAAUUAUUUUUUAUUUAAUUUGGCAAUUGCUCUAUUAUGCAUUCAUUGUUUAUGGACGUCGUGAUAAAGUUGCACGAGGGUUAAGAGCAACAUCGUAUACAUGGUUAUUAGCUGACAAGAAUGGUUUUGUUUCACGUCUUAUACAAAAGUUUGGUUUUGGUGGACCUAAUGAUGGAAUAAAUCGAUAUAAAGUUGUAUUUUAUUUCUUUUUGCAAUUUGGAUAUAUGCUUCUAUCAAUUUUACCCGUUUGUUUAUGGUAUUAUCGAAAUAUGUAUGUAAAUGUGAUUUUUCUUUGUUCAAUCUUUGCUGUUAGUGUUUAUAAUGGCGCUUCUUUUUAUAUUGAUGUUUUUUCACGUCGAUAUAUAAAAAGUCUUGAAUUAUUACAAGAUCACGAUGAAGUGGAGGGAAAUGAUGGCGCCUCAUCACGUCAGUCUGUUACAUCACGUACUUUACGAAAAUCAUCUCAAAUAUUAAUCAAUAAUUCGGAGAAUAAUCGUAAUAGUGAUAAUAAAAAGUGUUCUUAG